AUGACUUCCUCACUCCAUAGCCCACCAAUCACCACCACCACCGUCACGGCGGAAGACGGUGGCGCAACCGGUUUUUCCGAUUUGCAUCCAUAUAUCAUCGAAGCUCAUAUCCUCACUCGACUCGACGGACCAACUCUAGCUUCCACCAGCUGUUCCUCCAACGCUCUCCACCACCUUUCAUCAGAAAACCACUUAUGGUCACGUGUAUGCCACUCCACUUGGCCGUCUACCGCCACUCCUCGUAUCAGCCACAUCAUCUCCACCUUCCCCGACGCCGGUCACCGUACCUUCUACUCUCAGUCCUUCUCUCUCCCUUCCUCCGAGAAUAAGCAAAUUCACGAUUUAGAGUCAGAGAAUUUGACGUCGCUGAGAUCUACAAUAUAUAUAAUCCUUUCAAACUUUUUCGCCGUGUGUUUGUUUAAUCGGAACCGGAAACAGUGGAUUAUUCAACAGACAAAUUCAAUUUCAAACCGUUCAUCUUCGCCGCCGGAAUUAAUAUCGGCCGUCGAUAUACACUACAAACACAAAACGAUUUUCAGUAACGUACAAGAGACUGAAACGACGUCGAGUUGGUUCCAAUCCUCGCCGUUCAGAAUCGACAUGAUAGAUCCAAAGGAGGUGAUUUCAACGCCGAUCAAACACCCGAGCGACGACGACACGUGUACGGAUCUGAUUGAACACAUGACGUUGAGUUGGAUUCUGAUUGAUCCGAUCGGCCGGCGAUCGAUAAACCUCUCCUCCUUCAAGUCUGUUUCCGUACAACGGCACUGGUUAACCGGCGAAGUGCAGGUACGCUUUACUUCAAUCCUGACCGUUGAUCAAAAGAGAGGUCACGUGCAGUGUGAGAUAGUUGUCACGUGCGGUGGAUCUGAGGUAGGAGAGAUGCAGGUGAGGGAAGUGAGUUUGGGAGUGGAGGACAUGGAUGGAACUCAUUUGAAUGGGAGGGAGAGUUUGGUAAUUUUACAAAAGGUAUUGGAGGGUAAAAGGGGAAAUGGAGCUAAUAGAGGUGAAAUAGGAAGGAAGAGGUAUAAAGAGUUUUUGGAAAUGAGAAGGGAAAGAAAAGAGAAGAAGUUGAGGAGAGAAGGGACAUUAGAUAGUUUAUGUGUUGCAUUUGGGAUAUUAAUUUUUGUGGCUUUUUGGUGUUUUCUAUUUUGUUUGAGUAGAUAAAAAAC